UUGUUCGUGUUUGUUUUGGUGGCAUGUUAUGUUUUGUGCACCUCUUGAAAGCCUUAAUUUAGUUUGAGCUGAACAGCGAGAUGCCAUCUAGAAUCUAAGCUCAAGCUACAAGUUUUUGUCAGCGUUUUUUUAAGAAAUGGCUCAAGCCUACGCCGUCGCUACAGCUCGCGGAGACACGCUCGCCACGCAGCGGUGCGACCUGCUAUCUCCAGAGAACGAGUACCUAGACCCCAACCCAGACCUGCACUCGCUCUUUGCAGAGUACAACCGCAUGUUCUUCGAGGGUCGAUUAGCCGGCUGUGAGGUCAAAUGGAGCAAGCGAAUGACGCUCUGUGCUGGACUGUGCAGCUUUCAGCCUCUCAGCAGCUUCUGUUCCAUUCGGUUGAGUGAACCAUUGCUAAAGCUUCGACCACGCAGCGAUAUGGUCAACACUCUACUGCACGAGAUGAUCCACGCGUACGUGUUCGUAGCGACGCCCGUGCGCGACCACGACGACCACGGGCCGCUGUUUCAAGCUCACAUGAAUCGGAUCAACGAAGCUGCGAAGACCAAGAUCACGGUCUUCCACACUUUCCUCGACGAGGUGAACUCGUAUCGACAGCACAUCUGGCAGUGCAAUGGUCCGUGUCGACACACUCGGCCGUACUUUGGUCUCGUCAAGAGGUCGAUGAACCGAGCUCCUGGGCCAACAGAUCGCUGGUGGGCGGACCACGAACGACGUUGCGGCGGGAGCUACACCAAGAUCAAGGAGCCUGCGGCGUUCACGGCCAAACAAGCGAAGAAGAGGGAGCAAGAGCUGGCUCGGGAGGAAAAGCAGAAGAAGAAAGCUGAGGACGCAAAAGCUGCACCGAGUGUGAAGUCGUUCUUCCCAAGGAUGAACGAGGACAGCGACGCCAAGACAAGUAAAGCGGAACAGUCUACGCGUGUUGAAACGAAGCCUCCUCAGCUCAGACUGGCCGACGCUUGCGUUCCCCUCCUCAGCUUCUGCUGUGUACUCUGCAGAUGGAGAUGA